AUGCAAGCAGGCUUACGCAGGGGUGAUGAAAGAGCUCCUAUAGCUAUGAAAACGCAGCUCGGAUGGAUCUUGUCUGGUAAUGCUGAAAGGUCAGACAGAAGGGAAACUUUUGUGUGCUUGCAAGCUGACGACCGUAUGAACGAACAAUUGAAAUCUUUCUGGGAGUUAGAGGAACCGCCUCAUGUUCUUCCUUGGUCUUCUGAGGACCAAUUGUGUGAAAAACACUAUCAAGCGAACACAAUUCGCCUCUCAGAUGGACGCUACCAGGUUAGGUUACCUAUGAAGCCUGACGCUCCCUCUGAUUGGGUCAAUUCGCACCAGAUCGCUCGCAGUUGUCUACUUUCGCUCGAAAGAAAGCUUGGUAAAAAUCCAUCUCUCUAUGCUGAGUAUAGCGCUUCGAUACAACAAAUGAUCAAGUCUGAUCAAAUGCGCAAGGUGUCCAUUGCAUCACAAGAUUAUAGAUCGCAUUAUUUCCUGCCUCAUCACGCCGUCGUAAAGGAAAGUAGUACGACGACUCGCGUACGCCCAGUCUUCAACGCUUCGGCUCGAAAUGCAGCAGGCCAUUCAUUAAAUGAGCACCUUAUGACUGGCCCCAAUUUAUUGCCGCAGCUCAUUCUGGUCUUGGCUCAUUGGCGCCGUUACCCUGUAGCUUUCGUAGCCGACGUUUCGAAGAUGUACCUGCAGGUGCGAAUACAUCCUGACGAUUGGAAGUUUCAAUCUAUACUUUGGCGAGACGAUCCUAAGAAGGAAAUCGAUAAUUACGUGCUCACAACUGUCACAUUUGGUUCUGGCCCUUCCGCUUUUUUGGCAAAUAGAACACUCAGACAAUUGGCAAGUGACGAGGGGGAAAAGUACCCUUUGGCUGUACCGAUUGUUCAUAAAGAAAUGUACAUGGACGAUGUUUUGUCCGGCGCUUGGGAUGUCGGCCUUGCCAAGCAAAAGCGUGAUCAGUUGAGCGCUUUAUUUGCUUCUGGAGGAUUUAGUCUUGCUAAAUGGAUGACUAAUGAUCCCGACUUGUUGAGCACCUUUUCCUCAGAAUCCUUAGCUAAGGAGGCUACACUCAAGGUCGGACUAGGGUUUUCAGUCCUCGGUCUCGUGUGGGAGCCUCGGAAGGAUGUAUUUCGUUUCAAUGUCUCCUUUGAGCCUUUGGUGAGGCCAGUAACGAAACGAAAGGUACUGUCAUGCAUCGCUGGUAUGUUCGACCCUUCGGGGUGGAUUGCGCCUGUUUUAAUCUCUCUGAAGAUUUUUAUGCAGUCCCUGUGGCUCUUAACGAAAGAGUGGGACGUUACAUUGCCUGCCGCUGAGGUGGAGAAGUGGCGAGCUUUUGAAGACGAUUUAAAAGGAUUGACUUCUCUCGUCAUACCUCGAUGGAACGGUGUUAUGAGCGAAGCGCUCAUUGAAUUACACGGCUUUGCGGAUGCUUCAAAAUUCGCUUGUGCCGCUGUACUUUAUGUUCGAGUCAUUUAUCAAGGACGAGUCAGAGUCAACUUACUGGCGUCGAAGACUAAGGUGGCUCCGUUGAAAACUCAAUCGAUACCUCGACUGGAGCUUUGUGCUGCCCAUCUGUUGGCCAAGCUCGUAGCUUCCUUUGCAGCUACGGAGGACUUCAUGAGUGCCAAGAUACAUUUGUGGUCGGAUUCCAAGACUACCUUGCAUUGGAUUCACGGUAUACCUGCACGAUGGCCCGUAUUCGUGGCCAAUCGGUGCGCUGAUAUUAUCAAUCAGGUUCCUCAAGCGAAUUGGCAUUACAUCAACACGAAGCAAAAUCCUGCUGACUUGGCUUCGAGAGGGUGUACAGUCGCUACACUUCAGAACGCUCGCCUUUGGUGGUUCGGCCCUGAAGUACUCAUCUCGACUGUACAGCCUUGGGUCAAUGAAGAUUUUCCCGCUAAUCGAGACACGUCCGAUGAAAUUGAUAUANAAAGACCAGUGGCAAAAUUGAUCAAACUCAUAGAAAACUAA